GUUUCUGAAAGAAAUCUUUUCUCGAAUGAUUUCCUCGAGCAUUUCAUUCUGUUUAGUAGUUGUAUGAGUAUCGAAGUUUCUGGUCAAUCUUCGUUCUGCUGUUCUGCGUGAGGAGACAUGGAAAUAGAAGAUUCUCGAAGCUUCUCCCCUCAGUGCAGCCGCAGUUGAACCCCGCUCCCCGCCAAACGUCACCGCCUCCAAAAACCUGUCUAGAAGUACGACUGAAAGAAUUGAGAGCUCAAACCUUGAACCUUCCAUUUCCUCGAACACCUUCAAUUGCCAGCUACGAGUCCCAUACAAAUACUUGUACCAAACCUUUCCACUGCAAAAAUUAUACCCGCAUGGUAAAGAAGCUUCAUUCAUUGGACAAUUGAACAGAACAAAGACAUUGUCCUGGUUUUCUUCCGCAAGCAACUAUACUAUCCUACCGACAGCUGAUCGCAGGAGGCGUGAUUGGACUACACCUGUGAACAUUCCCAACUUACCUCGCCUGGACUUGCAAUAAAGCCUUCCACAGCCUUCGACAAAUUCACCUGCGAGAUUACCUCGACUACAAAUACCUUGAGUGGAAAAGGCUAUUGCCACUGACAAAAUUAUACACUCGCUGUGACGACAGUGUAACAUCACAGUAUACCACGACCGACUGGUGGAUCACAACAUAUACAACAACUGUCCGAUCUACCACACAACACGACCGACCGAUAACCACCACACACACAGAGCACCCCUCAACUCCUACAAACAAUCACUAUCAUGGUGAAAGAAACCAAACUCUACGAUGUCCUAGGCAUCAAGCCUGAUGUCGCUCAUGAGGGCAUCAAAAAAGCCUACCAGUAAGCUGAACCGAUCUUGCCCUUCAUCUCAUUUUUCCCAUCCCCUCUCCGACCUAUUCAACACAGUGCCUUUACUGACGCGCCGAUCUAGCAAAAUGGCCCUGAAAUACCACCCUGACAAGAACAAAAAUAAGCCCGACUCCGCCGACAAAUUCAAAGAAGUAUCCCAAGCCUACGAAAUCCUCUCCGACCCCUCCAAGCGCAAAAUCUACGAUCUCUACGGUCUGGAAUACCUGCUCCGCGGCCAUGCAGAGCCCGAUCCCAGUUCGGGUGGUGGUAACCCUUACGCAGGACAAGCUGGUGCUGGUGGUAUGCCAGGCGGCUUUGAGGGUUUUGGUGGAAUGCCAGGUGGUGGUGUGCCAGGUGGAGGACAAAGUUUCCAUUUCUCGACUGAUGGUUCGGGUGGGGGGUUCAGCUUCAGUAAUCCAGAAAGUAUCUUCUCUGAAUUCUUACGAGGACAAGCAGGGGUGGGGGGUGGUGGAGGAUUUGAGGAUUUGUUUGAGCAGAUGCCUAAGUCCAGAGGUGGUGGACGAUCAAGAGCCCAACAAUUCGGUGCGGCUGAGGCGGCCUCCAGACAUCGUGCUGCGACUCCUGAUGUAUCGACUGUGGAAAGAAACUUACCAUUGACGUUGGAGGAGCUGUUUAAGGGUGUCCAUAAGAAGAUGAAGAUUAAGCGAAAGGCGUUUGACGAUCUGACGGGCAAGAGGACGGUGCAGGAUAAGAUUCUUGAGAUGGAUAUCAAGCCUGGAUUGAAGAAGGGUAGCAAGAUCAAGUUCAAGGGUGUAGGAGACCAAGAAGAAGGUGGACAACAAGAUCUUCAUUUCAUCGUUGAAGAGGUAAGCUCCUCCCCGCUCCCCUCUCCCCUCUUUUUUAUAGCUCCCUACUAACAUAAUUAGAAAAAACACCCACUCUACACCCGCAACGGCGACGACCUCCACCAAACCAUUGAUCUCGACCUGAAAGAAGCCCUGACUGGUUGGAAACGCACAGUAACCACCAUUGACGGCAAACAAAUCCAAAUUGAGAAAGCUGGUCCCACACAACCUGGUUCCAAAGACAACUAUCCUGGUUGGGGCAUGCCAAUUUCCAAGAACCCAGGUCAGAGAGGGGAGUUCAUUAUCAAUUAUAAUGUCAAAUUUCCUGCUACUCUUACGUUUGAGCAGAAGAGAAAGUUGAAGGAGAUCUUGUGAUGGGGAGGGGUGAGGUGGCAUGGGGGCUGGGCUGCGAUUAUGAGGUAUUAUGGUAGUGGGGAGGGUAGUGUGAAAGAAUAUGGGGAGAGAGAUGUGGAUUUGGAUGGAAAUGGAGGGUAAAAUAGGACUUCUGAUUUCCAGAGGGGAGGGGAGGGGUUGAUAAUUGGUACCAUCACUUUCCCUUUUCGUCCAGUGGGAGACGGGGCGAAGGGGAAGGUGGAGGAACGAUCCAGAUGGUUCUUUGGCAUGCAUGCAUUUUUUGUUUGAUCUGUUUGGUUUUUGAGCAGAGCAAGCUACAGAAAUCCCAGGCGUUACAUGGGCGUUUUUGAGUGUGGGUGGAGCGAAAGGGAUGGAUGGAUAUGGGGUUUACGAACUACCUACUAGGUUUUACUAGCUUCUUUGUUGUAUCGUUUUUUGAUGAAUGAUAAAUAUGAUGAGAUGAAAUGAAAUGGAGAUUUCUAUAUCCC